AUGAAGAAAUCUGAGACUAUUAAGGAGUACUUUGAUUGGCUUAUCAAUCUGGCAAAUAAGGUAAAGUUACCUGGCGCCAAACUUUUUGACAAAAGAAUUGUGCAAAAAAUUCUUGUUACUUUACCCGAGAAUUUGGCGGAACUUUUAAACUCUUUACAAGCACAAGAACAAAGAAGAUUGAUGAGUAAAAAGGGAGCUGUUGAAGGAGCUUUGCAAGCAAGGCAACUAUUCAACCCUGGCAGCAAAGGCAAGAAGCAGAAGGGCAAGAAGAGCUAUUCUACGUCAACAGAAGCUGUUGCAACUGAUAAUAGCAACAACAACAAAGGUGGAAAAUAUCCACCUUACCAGCAUUGCGGGAAGAGAAACCAUCCACACUUCUAA